GGGAGCGUCCUUUAAUAGAAACACGAAGAAGAAUCACGCCGAGGUCGAAGUUGACCUGCUCGCUUGCCUUUAAAAAAAUCAGCUAACAUAUUAGCUGACCGAAACACUAAAAUCAACGUUAAAAUGGAGGUGAAUCAGGCGAAACAGGAGCACCUACUCGCAUUGAAAGGUAUUUAAUGUCCCCCGUGGCGAUGACAGCGGACGUUGUUGUCACAUUUAAGAACAGAAGGGUUAAAUUUGCAGAAGCUGCUGUCAGUUGUUGUUGUUGUUGCUAAUAUUGCUAACACAGAACCAAACCUUUAUCAUGUUUAUGUGAAAAUUAGACAUUCAAUGACAGGUGUGAACUUUAAGAUAACUUUAAAUGUCAAAGCUGCGGUUUUAAAUAACAAGACAAUAGUGAUAAUACAGCUCAGCAGAAAGAGCCUGUCACUAAAGUUGAUCAUAAUAAGAGUUUACUCUUAUUUACCUCUGAAGAACAGCGUUAUUAAUGCUGAAAAUAUACUAGCUUUUAAAGACUGUAAAUAAUAUUUUUAUUACUGUGUAUCUGUGCGCAUGUACAGACUUUUAGAUUGUGUGUUGUGCAGCUACUUCGCUUUCUAGGUUCAUGUUGCUACGAUCAUGUGUCCUUAUUAAAAUAUGUCUGAUUGUACGGUGGCCAAGAACCGCCACUGCUGGAAACAAAAUAGAAUGCAAAAAAAAAAAAAGAAACAACAACGGAAGUUACCGACGGGGAAAAAAAAAAAGAAAAGAAACUGAAGCUCGCUGCGAAUAAAAAAAGACACGUUGCAGAUAAAAAAGAAAAAAAAACACAAGGGAAGCUAAUGACGCAAAAACAAUGGUGAUAAAAAAUAACAAAAGUUACUGACUGCGAAAAUAAAAGGAUGAAAAUAGAAAAAGCCACAACGGAAGUGAGCUGCCGGGGAGCAAUAAUGAUGAUGCACCAGUGAUUUACGAUCUAGGCACAGAAGACUUUUUGAUUGCACCUUUUUAUUUUUGUAGUAAGUAACUUUUUUUUUUUUUUUUUUGCAUCGUUAACUUCCAUUGUGGCUUUUUUAUCUGCACUGUUUCUUUUUUAUUUGCUGCGGGCUUCGGUUUCUUUUUUUUUGCAUUGGUAACUUACGUUGUGACUUUUUUUUUUUCUUUUUGCAUUCUUUUUUCUAUUUGCAGCAGUGGUGGUUCUUGGCCACUGUAUGAAUGGGUCAUUAGCACAUAAAAACCUCACAUCAACUCUAAGGUCAAAAAUGACAGAAUGUUGUUUUGUAGGCACCGUUUUAAAAAUUCUUCUCACAGAAAAUAGUUUUGGAGGUGAUUCAGAGCCCAUGUGGUGAUUUCCACUCCAGAGCCAUGUCUGUUUUUGAUGUAGUGCCACUUGAGGGCUCAAAAAUCACAGCUAUCCACUCUUGGGUUUGCGUCCUUGUCCCCUCAGCACAGACUCUUUCAGUGAUAUUAUACACUGAGGUUGAUGAAAUCCUUGAAUUCACUCUGAAACUGUUGAACUAUUUCUUAUGAAGUGCUAAACAUAUUUUCGUGUUCUCUGCCUUUUGGAGUGUCCAUUUUAAACCAGUUACUACUAAUGUUAAUAGUUUCAAAUCACUUAAUUAUUUGAGAAAUGUUCCGUCAGGUGUGUUUUUUUUUUUUUUUUAGCACGAGACUACUUUAAAGUGUUUUGUUGUUGACGUCAAUAAAAUCAAAAUUCUAGCAACACUGGUAGUAACAGAGCAACUUUUUCUUAUUCAGUAAAGUAAACACUGUCCAUUUGAUUGUUCUGCGAAUCAGAACUGAACUGGGCAAAAAAAUGUUGAGUUUUGCUGCCACUUCAGCAUAGAAUUCUCUCCAGACUGACCUGAAAUUGUCGGAAUUUAUUUCGCUGGAAGCAUUUCGUUCAAUCUUACAUGACAGACUUUGGGAGACCAUGAAACAGUGCCUGUGUUUUUAAUUAUGUUUCUGGAGGUCCUUUUCUUCUUUUUUAUUAUCAUUAUUAUUAUUUAUUAUUGUGAUGUGUUCUGCCGACCUCUUGGCAAGGUCACCCUUGUAAAUGAGAUCUCGGUCUCAAUGGGUUCCUACCUGCUUAAAUGAAGGUUAAAUUUAAAAAAAAAAAAGAUUUUCUUUUAUAAAAAAGUGUCGCUGGAGUUUUGACCUUUUAUAGACCUUUCUUCCUUCUUCAUACACCUCAGAUGGUAUUGAAGUUGUGAAUCAUUCUCUCUACUUUCCCAACAAAUUAAAAAUGUUAUUUUUUCACGGGUCAAUCAAAUUUCUCAGUGUCAACAUUCAAUAAUUAAUUUUUCUCUUUUCAUAAUGAGAUUUUAAUGAUCUGCAAAUCAAACAAUCUGUUUUUGUUUUUGCAUUUAUUACAGAUCCAAAUUCCACAUGUUUUUGUAAUCAUUUCUAAGCUUGUAUGUAACGUCUCUGUCCAUGAUCUCUUCUCUUUGCAGUGAUGCGCUUAACAAAACCAACCCUCUUCACAAACCUGCCUGUGACAUGUGAAGACAGAGAUCUGCCAGGUGAGUCUCAUGAAUGGAGUCUGAAUUUAAUCUCAUCCUUUGGAGAUUUAUUACUAUCAUGUAUAAACUUGAUACUGAGUUCAUAUUGCAGUGGGAAUUGUAAUUUCAGUUUUAGCCCAAACUUGACAGUCUGAUCUUGUCAGGGGAGUCUGAUUCUGUCAAAUAUGUCACUGUAUAAAUAUCAAUUUCUGGGACACCCAGGGAGCUGUGACAGUAGGUCUGUAAGUUUUUCCUACAGCUGGUGAAAAGUCAUUUUCUGAUGGAUUGUGAGAUUAUGUAAGAGGCAUGUGUUGAGACAGUGGAAGGAAACCAGAGUACUUGUGAGAAACCAAGGCAGACACAUGGAGAGGAUCCAAACUCCUGGAGAGUUCAACUUUUCCUUCGACUGAGCCGCUGUUUGCCAAUAAUGUCACAUGACUGGGCCCCUUAUCGUGUUUAAUAUUACAAAAGAAAAAAACACAAGUAUACAAAAUCAGUGUCCGAAGCACCAUUUUUACAGCAUGUCAUUGAAAUAGGCAUUACCAAAUGAGGCUGCAUUAGAAAUGCAGAGUUUUAAGAAGUUUGUGAAACUUUAUUUUCUCAAGAACUUUCCAAAAAAAGAAGCAGCAUGAACUCUGACAGCAAGCUUGCAGUUAUGAGGCGUCUUAGUUCCACAUUUUAGAAAGCAUGGCUUCUGCUUCUGAGUUAAUAUUUAAACACUUAUUUGAAGACGCAAAGGGAAGUGUCUUGUGAUACUAUUAAAACUUGUUAAAAUUUAACAGAGGAAGAAGGAGUUGUAUGUAGAUUUUAUACUGAAGUAUUGAGGAUGUAGCCUGUAGCGCCACUUGUAAAUCUCCUAACUUGUUUACGAACACAUAACAGAAAAAUUAACACAAAAAAUAUCACGCAAUAUGAAAUUUACUGUAAAAACCAUAAAAGAAGAAAUAUAAAAAUCAGCGUUCUUCAUGUUUAGCUCAGUCUGGAUUCAGAAUUAUCUCUCAUCCUCCACACAUCUGGAUUUUCUAUCAUCCAUCUCAGAUGCUGCUCCUACAUUUAGUCGGCUGCCCUGCUGCGAGUCUGUGUUUGUUUCCCUUCCAGUGCAACACAGAACAGAAAAUGUGUAGACUGUGCGGGUAACUGAAUCCCUAUAAUCCAUAAAUCACACUGACACUUUUCGGGGAGCUUCGCUAUUUAUAAAAGAGGAGCAGCGAGCGAUGGCGGUAAACGAGAAAGUGCACAAAGAUGAUGAAUCGGUUGAAUCUGAAGAGCGUUUGUAUUUCUGCUCUCGUGUUCUUCCUCUACUAUCUGAACAAACUGCUACUUGAUAUUCUUACAGUUAUACUGAAUAACAGGAGGAGAUAUCUGAGGAGCACACAGAGCAGUGCUAUGAGUCAUAUUAUUGGUAAUCUGGAUAAAGAUGUGGGCGACCUGUUAGUGAACAAAAGGACAGAAAUUUGAUCCCAUUGAAAUCCUUUUUGGGUCAGAGUUUGAGCUUUGAAACCGGAUCUUCAAAGGCCUCAGGUUUCCCUCUGAUCCUCCCAGCAGGACUCAAAUACUCAGAGACUAUUAUAAAAGCUUUUGCUUUCCAAAAUGGACAAAGACAAGCAGAUUAACUGAUAUUUAUAAAGUUUCAAAACAUAUGAUUUACAGUAAAUAACUUUGCAUCUCUUUUCACACAGAUGACUGAAAUCAUCAUUAAAGGUGUUUAUGUCUCCCUGCACAGACAGACAUUGUGUUCACUGGUGUGUUAUGUCCAGUGUUGCCACAGUUACUUUUAAAAAAGUCAUUUGAUGACUGAUUAGGGAUUACUCCUUUUAAAAAGUAACUUAGUAACUUUACUGAUGACUUGAUUUUAAAAGUAACUAACUCAGAUUACAAGUUACUUUUCAAGUUACAUUCAGCAGCCUCAACAUAUAAAUGACAACCAUUUCUUUCAACACUGACUUUAUCGAAAGAGUAAUUUUAACAGGAAUGUAAAAAAAAAAUCAUGUUUAUUAAAAAAAUAAGAAUCAGAAAUAAUUACAGUUCUCCACUGCAAAUACAGUAAAAGAGGAGAUGAAUAAUAAAUAAAAUAGAAGAUUAAAAAAAUGAGUAAAAAUAUAGAGAUAAAUAGAUAAAAUAAGUAAAAAUAUAGAGAUCAUAUACAAGUAUUUACACUAUAAACAACACAAAAAGUGACAUUGUAUGCAUGUAAAACAAUGAGCAGAGUCCAGGUAAAGACUACUGACUGAGGUUGUCAGAGUCUCUGAGGGAGGAGUUAAAAUGUCUGAUGACCACCAGCAGGACAGAUUUCCUGUGGCGCUCCGUGGUGCAUCAUGGAGUGAUGGUCUUUCUUGACUGACAAAACAUGAACUAUUUUCUUCAUAAAAUAUAAAAUAAAGACAGUCUUUAAAAUAGUGGCUGUAUUUCCAUCUUGAGAACACGCAUCUCUCUCCUCCCUCCGUUGUUGUUUAUGUUCGUUUUGCUGCAGCUGCUUUAUGUGUGUUCACAUGACAUGUGCUGCAGCUCCGAGUGAAACCUGAAACGUAUAAAUAACACGUAUGCCCUCCUGUGAUUUUUUAAAGGGGAUUUGUUCGAUCAGCUCAUGAGAGAGGACCCGUCCACCAUUAAGGAAGCGGAGACUCUAAUGCUGGGGGAGAUGCUCACGUUACCACAGAACUUUGGGUAAUUAACGCUCAAUAACAUGUCAGAUUAACGGGCCUGUAAGGAGAGUGUUUGUUUGAAAAUGUAACUGAACUUUUCUUAGAAACAUUUUCCUGGGUGAGACCUUCUCCAGUUACAUCAGCGUGCACAACGACAGCAAUCAAGUGGUGAAGGACAUUCUAGUCAAGGUAAAUACAAAGAAAACUGAUACACCCGCUCACAGACAUGAUCAGACGUUAGAUAUUUGUUACAGCUAGAUCUUCUUAAAGGAAUACAUGAAACAAAAGUGGGAGAUAAGACACUUUUUGUGAAAAUCUGUCAUCCUGUAGUUUGUCCAGCAGAGUGAGCUCAAAGCACACAGUCACACACAGCAAUUAAUUAAGAGUGUUGAACUGUGAAAAAUGUACUUUUAUAUAUAUUUGAGUGUGAGGAAGCAGCUGUUUUUGGUGCAACUUUCCAUAUUUGUGCAGAAAUCUACUUAUAACAAGUCUGUUUUUAUUCAUGAAAUCAAAAUAAUCACUAAAUUAAAAAAAAAAUCAGCCUCAAAAAGUGCUCUGGAUGUCAGACUCUUCCUAUGACACUCUGUUUUCCUGGUUUUUGGUGUAAACUGACCUUUUCAUGGUUUGACUCUGCACAGGCGGAUCUACAGACCAGCUCACAGAGACUCAACCUCUCGGCGUCAAACUCGGCUGUAGGAGAACUCAAACCCGAAUGCUGCAUCGAUGACGUUAUUCACCACGAAGUCAAAGAAAUAGGAACACACAUGUGAGUAUUUUUCCCGCAAAAUGUACCGUCAUACUUGGAGAUGGUCAGACGUGCAGGACUCAAAGAUUUCUUUAAUUUAGUUCACCACUUUGAGAAGAUUCAAAGGUUCAGUACUUCAGUUUCUAGUCACAUUCAAAAGGGCCGAAUGAGGAGCGUCCUCGACUGCUGAUUGGAAUGCAAAUGCAGAUUUUUAACAUGUGGUUAAACAGAAAAUCAAACCAGUUUAUUCCAGUUAGAGUCUCUUCACUCUUUAGAGCCUGAGCAGGAUGCGUCCACCACAAUGAUGCCGAUCCACCUCAGAUCUGUUUAGAUCUAUGCAGCGUUAAAGACAAUAACUCUCUUCAUAAAAGGUGAAAUGUUGAUUUAAAUAAAUGAGGAUUCAGUCAUACUCUGAGUUUACAGUAGUGGUCCGUUUCGCUGUUUGCCACACUUCUUGUCAAAGAAAAAAAAUUGUUACUUUUGAAACUGAUAUUCAAGAUUAAUCAUGAAUCCUAAAACACCAUCAGAGCUCCUGCAUCUUUUUGUUACCAUUUUGACUUUCUCACUUUCCUUUUAACUGUUUUCAUUCAGUUUUGUGACUUCUAUUUGAUCAGGAGUAGUACUCUUCAAAAUAAAAGCAUAGGAAAUAAAGCAACCUGUCAGCAGGACAGAAACAAUUGAGAAAAUAAAAGCAUGAAAAAAGUUGUUUUAGGAGGUUAUGUCUUCUCCAAGCAAGCUUUAGUAACACAAAGCUGAUUAUGUUAAUACAUUUUUACUUUGAGAGACAUCAAAGUUCAUUGAUUUAAGUAGUUAAGUGUUUCACUGUUAUCUUGCUUUUCUUUAAUUUGACUCUUUUAGUUUCAAGUUUUCCAUAAAAAUAGGAACAACUUUAACUAUUUUUUUUAUUGCCAGGUGAAAAUCUGAUAUCCUGACGGCCCUUCACAGUUCAAUAUUACAGGAAUUAUUCCCUUUCUGCUCCUGGAAACCCUGAUAGAUUAUUUCCUCACCGCUCUGUUCAUAUUCUGUGUUGCUGUCAGUGGUUAUUUAUAGUUUGUUUUUUAUAGUAACGUGAAUUCCUCACCCUGAAUUUAAGUGCAAACUACUGUAAUACUUCACAAGUUCUCUGCAAAAUUAACCGUAUUUCAUAAGAAUCAAAAACCGACUCUCCUCACAGCCUCAAAGGGGACAGUAUCUUGAUCAUGCACACCCUUAAUGCAUGAAACCUUUUCUUAAAACCUGCAUCCCAGUUUGGACCUAGACAACAGAGCAUGAGGUGUACACUACCUGGUUUUUAAAACCCCUAAAUGGCUCAGCCCUGCGACCAAAUCAUGUGACCGAUCUGUCUCUCUCUCUUGUCCUCUCUCUCCGUUUUGCAGCUUAGUCUGUGCAGUCAGUUACACCACUCAAUACGGGGAAAAGCUCUAUUUCCGCAAGUUCUUCAAAUUCCAGGUGAGUUAUAUUUGACUUCUCUCAUUAGACGACGGCGGUAAGGCGACGCGAAAGCUUGGAAGAGACCUGAGAAAUGUCACAGGUCCUCAACAGAGCAAAAGCAAUUACCAUCCUAGCUGCGGAGUUUGCGCCUUGCGGCCUCUGGUCCUGAGUUUGUGAACCGCCUGUAAUCCUAUUCCCUUCCCCUUAGCAAGACCCGUUUAAUCCUCUUCAUAGGCGAAGAUUUCCGGACUGAUUUAGACAUUUUUGCAUGGAAAUAUUACUUCUGCUGUAAUGGAGCCGCAGUGUGAGAAAACUUCAGCCUUCAGUUUUCAAUCUAUUUUGAACCAGGUUUUGAAGCCGCUGGACGUGAAGACAAAGUUCUACAAUGCAGAGGUAAGUCCGGCGCUGUCUAACACCGGCACCAUGAUCAAGUGCUGCUGUCAACAUACGCACUCUGUGCACUCAUAUUUCCUGCAGCAUCAUUCUGCAAAUAGAAGAACUGUAUUGUAUGACAUGCAAGUUCUUACUGUAGCAUUUAUAACAUGCUUCAUAUCAUGUGUCAUUCAUAGGAACAUUUCAAGAUGCUGAUAGGGGGGCAGUUAGAUGAGACAGGUCUCAAAGAAAAACCCUUGCACCUCUAGAAAUGUCAACACCUUAGAGGGAUUCUGACUCUCGAACCUGGGCGCCAGUUUCACUUUUCUUUGAGGUCUGAAUGACUAAAAGGUGCAAACAAGUUAAGGGAUUCUUAGACAUGUCUUCAGUCUACAAGAUUAAAAAAGUGUCUGUAAUAACCACUGGGAGUCUUUUUUUGAUUUUGAAUUUAGUUUAAAGGAAAGUUCCAUCUUUUAAAACCAGGAAAAGUCUACGUAUACUCUAAAAGUCUCCUUUGACAAAAAUAAGCCCCUUAAAAUCGAGAAUAAAAGUCGCACUUGAAUCUUUGACGACAAACGUCUCAUACUAUUCAUGAACUUAAAUGCAUUUGUGGAUGGAUAAUUAUAAAACUGAGUAGCUUGAACAAUAUUUGUUUUGAAUUUGUUGUUUUCAUGUGUAUAAACUUUUGUAUUUUAGCUCUUUUUGCUAUAGACGUUAAAAAAAACAUGUUUGGACGUGUUGAAGAGAAAUAAAGAUCAAAUCCAGUCGUGUUUACAGCUGUGCUCAUUAAAAGCUCAUUAAUACUCGCCAUGAAAAUGUAUGUGUCCGUUUCAAACGAUGGUUCCGUUCCUGCCCUCAGGAUUUUUUUUUUGUAGGAUGGUAGGUGAAGGUUCCGCCCUCCUUCGCCUCUGAUUGGCUAGAAGUGCUGGGCUCCGAUUGGUUAUUCCUUAUAGUGUGACACGUCAUCGUCUGUUGGGUUAGGGUUAGGGUUAGGAUUCAGAAUUGCGAUAAUGUUCUGUAAUGUUCUGUUCGAUGUACAGAGUCGAAAGCCCACUCUCGACCUGAGUGUGUGAUGACGUUUCACAGCCAAUCAGAGGGGAAGGAGGCGGGACCUUCCCCUACCAUCCUACGAAAAAAAUCGCUCGCUGCCCACUGACUUCUUUGCGUCCUUUACGUUGGCAUGGAUGUUAUCCAUUACAUCCAGCAGGCGGCAGGCCGGGGUCAAAAGUUUCUGACGACAACAAACAAAAAGAAAACGUGGCAGAUGUGGAGGAGUUAGUGAUAAUGUGUAUUUUGCAUAGGAGACAGAAAGAGAGGCAGCGUUGGAGGAUGCGGUGGUUGGUCAGGCCACUAAAUGCCUCGCCGUUGGAAGACAGAGAAUUUUUUUCUCUAGUUGUAGCGAUGAGAGAAAGCAAUGGCAAUCAUCAUUUUCAGACCUGUGAUACAGUGCAUUUUGGGUAGUGACAGCAGCAACACUGCCCCCACGGUUUGCGGUGGUACUGCUCCGUCUGGCUUGUAUCUGUAAACUUCGAGGAUACGUGUAGAAAUGCAGAGGAAAAGAACGCGAAGCACUGACGUAGAGCUCCGUCCGUAUCCAUAUCCGUAUGUAACUUUUGAGCAUAAAUGAGCCUUAACUGUACUGUGAUUACAGCUCUGAAAUGUGAUAUUUUGAAACAGCUAACACUCUAUGCAGCAAUAUAAAAACUCUUUUUGACUCAAUACAAUCUGUAAUACUUUCAAACAACCUGCAGAUCAUUUUGUAUCAAGUUGUAAAAAAAAAAGUCUCAGGAGCACACGGUCAAUUCAUUUUGAUAUGGUCCAAACAAACUGAUAAUUUAAAUGUCUUCUGAACCAUUAAAAAAAGCAUCUAAACAAACUUUUUCUCACAGCAAUCUUGUGUCUUAAUGUUUCUUGUAUUGCUUUAAUAAAAACUGAGCUUAUAGUUUACUAGAAUCAGGACUUUAGUGGACGUACUUUGAACAGUUAAAGAUUACGUUGCAGCACUUAUACUCUGUAUUGCAACUUCUGGUUAAAGAGUUUAUCUGGAACAAAGUUUUUUGCACAUUUUAGUGAUUUAGAUCCAAUUAAAAGCUGGAUUAGUACCCAGGUGUAAAACAGGAAAAUAUCCUGCAGGCUUUUUCUUGUUCUGGAGGUGAAGUGUUUUCCUCAUAGAUGCAACAAGCUUUUCCUCGCCCUCAUUUUUCACUCCGGUAGCUUUUUAUAUUAGCAUUAUGCAAGGAUUCAUUGUCAUCUCCUCAAGCAUGUAACUUCAUUUGUUUUACAAUGUCUUGUAUUUUAUUUUCUCCAUUAGAGUGACCUCAGUUCUGUGGUAAUUGUUCCUUCUGUUCUCAUCGCUGAACAUUAGCUUCUCUUAAUCCUUUUUUGGUGCAGCAGACUUUUUUUGUUUUGUUUUGUUUUGUCUUUCUGGGUCCAACAGAAAGGUGCAAAGUAGAAGAAUGGAAAGUGAUGUGCUUAACGAACACCCUCUAGAUAUAGUCACAGAUAAAGCAGUGAUGCAUUCACCGUCACGCUAACAACUUAGACCCCGGCAUGAACUUUCCAUUGUCUUUUGUUUGCCCUUUCUUUGGAGGCUCAUGCUCUCUCGCAAACUCAUCCUUCACAGGGCUUCUUUGACUUUUUGGAGUUUUAAGUUUGCAGUGUCGAAAUUUUGGUUAAACUGAUCCUCCAUCAGAUUAUCAUCACGGGAAAUAUGAGUUUAUAAAAUCAUUGCUAUAAUUGUCUUGAAGUUAACGGCUUUGCCUCGAAAACUUUUCAAAUUCACGUAUGAAAUGGUUGAAAAUGAACAGUUUGAUGACUCAGACAAAUCUAAAGGGUGAUCUGGUGUUCUUUUUAAACUUCUCUAUAUGGAAAACCAUCAGAGCUGCUCCAGUAGAUUACUAGCACCAUUAGAGACUUGACUUAUUAUGUAAGGGGGUCAUGUAGCUAUAGAGGAAUGGUGAUACGGUCCAGAUGCAGCUUAGUCCCAGGGCCAACAGGCAGUUAAACUCCUCUACAUGGACUGAUUUAAACAGGUGUCCCAGUUUAAAUCACAGGUUUGGAGUUGUGAGCAAGUUUUUAACAGACUUGUUAAAAGUAGGAAAGCCGCGUGAUAAUGUAAGUCAGGCAUGUGUAAACUAUUCCACAAAGGGCCGUGUGGCUGCAGGUUUUCUUCCAACCAAUCAAAAGCUGCAGUCUGACCUAUCAGCUGUCUGAAGAUGGAGAUCAGCUGAUGAAAUGAAUCAAGUCUGGUGUGCUGCUGCUUGGUUGUAGAGAAAACCUUCGGUCACACAGCCCUUUUGGAAUAGUUUGGACGUGCUUGAAUAAGUGUUUAUCCGCAUCGAAGAGACAAUCCCACCUGGAAUAGACCUUUAAACUCAGUUACCCACCAGAUCCAACUGCCAAAAACCUGAAGUUUGUCUCGCAGAUCCAAUGGGUCGCAUGUCUUCUUGCUGCCUCGUCUUUCUACAUGUGCUGGUUCUUCUCCAGCCGAGAAGUUUGUCGGUUUGGAUCAUUUCUAAAAUGUGUCAGAACACUUUGAGUAACUAUGUCAGCUCUUUUCAUAGCUUUACUUAGGGCUGGAUGAUAAACCGAAAAUUUACAGAUACUGAAAUUUAUGACAAUAACUGGCGUGUCAAUAUAUUCAGUGUCAAGUAAGUAAAUAAAUAAAAGUUGGUUUCGGAUGUGUGUAAGUAGGCUAUGGUCUCAUGUCCCUUUAAGACGCUGUCCUACAUCAGAGACGUGACUCCACCCCAUCCAGUCCAUAACAAAGAGGGAAAGACAGGCGAGGAGAUGGAGGACGGUUCAAAAGUUGUAGCGGCUGAAGUAGAUGAAGUUAAUGUGGGAGAGAUUGAGCAGUUUGUGGAUUAGUUAUCGUCCAUUUAUCGUUAUGGAGGUGAACUGCACAAUAUAUCAUGAUAUUGAUUUGAGGCCAUAUCGCACAGACCUAAGUUUACGUUGAUGAGGGGUAUUUGCUUUAAAGGAUUGGCUGUCAGCUAAAGGGAUCUACCGGAGCAGUUUCUGAAGAAGUCCUCUUGUACCAUUCAUUAAAACAGAGCGCUAUUGAAAUUCCCCAUUAAGUUGUUAUUUUCAGUGAUUAUACGAAAUUAUACUUCUAUUGUGAUCACCUACGACUGGGUCAUGAUUAUUUAAAGGAUACAUAUAUUUGAUUGUGUGAGGUGUUUGAGGUUUCAGGUAUCUUCUGGAAUGGCUUUGCAUGGAGCAGAGACGCUGAACUCUGUGAUUUAGCUUUAACACGGAUGAUACAAACACUCCUCCGAAUGGUUCCCAGUCCGUUCUUAUGCGAUGAAUUGCAGGCAUGAACUAAUCUCUGCUUCUCUCUCAUCAUGUCUCACUGUAUAGCGGAGGUUGCACGGAGUGUUUCUUUGCCAAAGCAUCAGCUAGUUUCCAAUAUAGAAAGAUAAUUACUCAACAUCAUAAAUCUAAAUCUACUGUUAACAGAUUAAAAAACUGAUUUUUAUAUGCAAGGGAAACAAGAUCAGCUCAGUAAUGAGAUUCCCUCUAAUUGGCUCUGAUUCAGAUGACGUGUUUGCAUAGAUAAAUACUUUAUAAUGUGCUUUACUCGCUGAUGCUUCUUGGACCACUUAAUAUGACUUGUCAGCUGUUGAAAAAAACUGAAGUGCAACCUCUACUGUACACUCUGCUGGUCAGCACUUUCACUAACAAUGUCCUCCGAGGUUCACUGAGCAACUUUCACAGAGUUUAUAGAGUUUAGUAACUCACUACAUGACUCUCACAUCACCUAAGGAGCAGCUUUAAAGGACAAAUUCACAUUUUUCAAGUCUGUCUAAAAACAUUCACAUUCAGCUUGUAGAGUUAAAAAGUUACAGCUGUUUGUGACUGUUGCUUCAUUUUGACCCUCAAAAAAAGUCAUGAUACUCAAUUUCUUCAACCUGUUUUCUUGCAGGUCCAAACAGAGAAAACUUUUAAAGAUGACCUUUUUUUUUUUUUUUUCCAAUUUAUGAACAUUUUUUCAUAACUUGAAAUUCCACCCAAACCCACCACCCUCCCAGAACAGACACCAUAGGCAAACUCUUACCUACAUCCCUAAAAAUAAUAGUAAUAAUAGUGAUGUAAUAAUAAUAAUAAUUAUAAUGAUAUAUAAAAGAAAAUAUAAAAAGUAAAUAAAUAAAAUAAUAGUUAUAAUUAUAAUAAAAAAAUAAUAACAAUUAUAAUAAUUUUAUUUUUAAUAAUAAUAAUAAUAAUAAUAAUAAUAAUAAUAAUAAUAAUAAUAAUAAUAAAUAAAUAAAUAAAUAAAUACAAAAUGUUAAAUAAUUAAAUAAUAUUUACAACAUUACAGCAAAAUACAUGACUUAUUGUUUGAGUCUGCAGUUCCUUAAACAUCCACUAGAGGCUGCAAAAGUCUUUGGAAGCCACAUACACACCUAUUCAAAAGAGCCAAUCUUUACAGCAAAAAUAAAACUGUUUACAGACUGGAACAAAAAACUGUUUUUGGUCUGAAUUACUUAUUUCUGCAGCGGUGUCAGCUUUUCUUUUAAAGCUCAAGAGUUUGAAGAUCUUAGGUUAUGAGUUUGGAUGACUUAACGAAAGUUAGAUUGGGUCAGCAUUUCCAAUACAGCUUCAAAAACCAAUCAAGGAUGUCACUGAGACUACAUCCACGUUUAAACAGUCUUUAAAAGUCUCUAAUUUGAUGCACUUUUGGUAAAAGGUUCCUGAUACCUUGAAAGGGUUUUUUAAAAUAAAGCAGCUCAACUUAAACUUGUGUUUACGUCAAAGUUUAACCCAUGAGUUGAAUAUAGUCAGGCUGUAUUUCGUGUAUUAAAAUCCGGUUACCCGCUUCCUUUUAAAUAAAGCAGACUUGUAAAAAAUGUGAACCUGUUUUUAGGUUUUUCACCAAGCCUAACACCACCUAAUAUAAUAAAGCUGAUGUGUUGCUCAGUUCGCCUUGGAGAAAAUGCUCCUCUAGCCAACUGUGCGCAAAUGUGCUGGUUUGAGAAUUGGUGUUUUGGCUGCAGACAGAUGAGGUGUUCCUGGAAGCUCAGAUCCAGAACAUCACAACUUCACCCAUGUUCAUGGAGAAGGUUUCUCUGGAGCCGUCUAUGAUGUACAACGUGACGGAGCUUAACACAGUCGCGUAUGGAGAUCAAGGGUAACAGCACUUUGGUUCGUCAUCCUGUAGAGGCUUUUUCGUGUUAAAAGGAAUGAUGUGAAAAGACGGUGGUGCUUUCUUCUUCCAGAGAGUCCACAUUUGGGAAGAUGUCCUACCUGCAGCCCAUGGACACACGGCAGUACCUGUACUGUCUGAAGCCGAAGCCGGAGUACGCUGAGAAAGCCGGCGUCAUCAAAGGAGUGACGGUGAUUGGGAAGCUGGACAUCGUAUGGAAGACAAACCUCGGAGAGAGAGGGAGGCUACAGACCAGCCAGCUGCAGAGAAUGGUAGAAGAUGCUUUCAGUUCAGGGUUGUUAAAGCUGGGUUGAAAGGAAUUUUUUUUUUACAUGUGAUUGGAAAUUAUGGAGGUUUACAGCAGAAUUAAAGGACCGGCAAAGCUUCACGCUGCAUAAAUACCUCAAAUAACAGCAAAGAAGCUUCCAGGACUAAAAGUUCCUGGUAUUUUAAGUGGAAACACAGCUCUAUGUCAGUUUUGGUUCAAUUCUUGUGUUCCCUCCAGGCUCCAGGAUACGGGGACAUCAGGCUGUCCUUGGAGAUGAUCCCUGACACCGUCAACCUCGAAGAGCCUUUUGAAAUAAUCUGUAAAAUCACCAACUGCAGGUCAGUCCCACAUCUUUUUCCUCUUCUGUGUCAACAUAUGACUCGAUCAUGAACUCAUUCUUCAUUUUUUCGUGGUAGUGAGAGAACCAUGGAUCUGGUGCUGGAGAUGUGUAACACCAGGUCGAUCCACUGGUGUGGCGUAUCAGGGAGACAGCUGGGGAAACUGAGCCCUGGAGCCUUCCUCUCUCUGCCCCUCAUACUCCUCUCAUCAGUCCAGGGUCUGCAGGUACGAGCCACACUAUUAGGAAAACUGCCGCCUGAUAAAACCUCUCUUCCCUCUUUCUCUCAUCUUAUUUUCUUGUCUUUUUUUAGAGUAUUUCCGGACUGAGACUCACAGACACAUUCCUGAAGAGGACAUACGAGUACGACGACAUCGCACAAGUGUGCGUGGUCUGCCCGUUUACAAGCAAUGAGUGUUAGAAGUUUUAUCUACAUUAUUUUAUUUUGGAUAUAAACGGACCAACAGUGAGAUUCUGCCAUUAACGCUGACAUUUCACUCUCUUUUUGCAACCUGUGUGCGAUUUAACUGUAUUUUAAAAUGAAUUGUGAAUAAUAUAAAUCACUUUGUUUGAAAACAGAACUCUGUAAAUGUGCAUAAAUGUUAAUAAACACUCUGAUAUCAUUUUUCA